AGCUAACUCCCUGGUGCCUCUGUCUGAAAUGAACCCAGUGUGCGGCGAGGGUGGACGAGCUGCUACGCCACUGAACCGGGACAGGCAUGCGGUGCCAGUGUGCAGAGAGCGAGAAACCUGGACCAGACAGAUGGACUUCAUCAUGUCCUGCGUGGGUUUUGCUGUGGGCUUGGGCAACGUGUGGCGCUUCCCUUACCUUUGCUACAAGAACGGAGGAGGUGUGUUCCUCAUCCCGUACUUGCUGAUCGUGUUCAUCGGGGGCAUCCCCGUCUUCUUCCUGGAAAUCGCUUUGGGGCAGUUCAUGAAGCAGGGCGGCGUUUCCGCCUGGAACAUCGCACCUCUUUUCAAAGGUCUGGGCUGGGCUUCAAUGGUGAUUGUGUUCUUCUGCAAUACCUACUACAUCAUGAUUCUGGUGUGGGGUCUCUACUUUCUGGUCAAUUCUUUCACCAACCCGCUGCCGUGGGCCACCUGCGGACACCCUUGGAACACCCCCAACUGCAGAGUAGACUUCUACCUCAACUGCCACAACAACAGCGCCGCCUCAUCUGCCACUCAAAACCAACUGCCGUCCAACAGCAGCUGCGUGGAGACGGCGGGCAUGCGCUCUCCAGUCAUCGAGUUCUGGGAGCAUAAAGUUCUCCAUCUGUCUGGUGGGCUAGAUGAGAUUGGUAAAAUCAACUGGGAGGUGGCGCUGUGCCUCGUCGCCACCUGGGUCAUUGUUUACUUCUGCGUAUGGAAAGGUGUUAAAUCCACAGGAAAGGUUGUAUAUUUCACGGCCCUGUUCCCGUAUGUGGUUCUGGUUAUUCUUUUGGCACAUGCUGUAACACUACCUGGGGCAUUAGAUGGGAUUGUAUACUACCUGAAACCAGAUUGGUCCAAAUUGGGAGAAGCACAGGUGUGGAUUGAUGCCGGUACCCAGAUUUUCUUCUCCUAUGCCAUCGGACUGGGCGCCCUGACCGCACUGGGCAGCUACAACCGCUUCCAUUACAACUGUUACCAGGAUGCGUUUGUUCUGGCGGUCAUCAACAGCGGAACCAGUUUCUUUGCGGGCUUUGUUGUAUUCUCUGUGUUGGGCUUCAUGGCUGCAGAGCAAGGCGUGGACAUCAGUAAGGUAGCCGAAAGCGGACCAGGCUUGGCCUUUAUAGCCUACCCCAAGGCUGUGACUUUGAUGCCCCUAGCACCAUUCUGGGCAGCGCUCUUCUUCUUUAUGUUACUUGUACUUGGCCUGGACAGUCAGUUUGUCGGGGUGGAGGGUUUAAUAACCGGAAUCCUGGACAUGCUUCCCCAUGAGUUAGCCCUAGAGUGGUUGCAGCGAGAGGUGGUCGCAGCCAUCUGCUGUGUCGUCUGCGUCCUCAUUGACAUCUCAAUGAUCACCGAGGGAGGGAUGUACGUGUUCCAGUUGUUUGACUACUACUCUGCCAGUGGCAUCACUCUGCUGUGGCAGGCUUUCUGGGAGUGUGUGGUGAUCGCUUGGGUCUACGGCGCAGACCGUUUCAUGGAGGAUGUGGCUCGUAUGAUUGGCUAUCAGCCCCUUACCUACAUGAAGUGGUGCUGGUCUUACAUCACACCCCUUGUCUGUGUGGGAGUUUUUCUGUUCCACGUGUUGAACUACAAGCCCCUAACCUACAACAAUGUGUACACAUACCCAUUAUGGGGCGAAUUGUUUGGCUGGGCAUUGGCCCUUUCCUCCAUGCUUUGUAUCCCACUCACUGUUAUUUUCAAGCUGCUGUGCUCAAAAGGAUCACUGCGGGAGCGAUGGAACCGCCUCAUAACCCCUCAAUGGGGCAGACAUCAUCUGGAGUAUCUCAUCCCAGAGAAUGAGGCCAAACUGCUGCAGGCAAGAUCCCUGAAUGUCAUGGAAACUGCCGCCUGAUACUCAAAGACCAAUGAUGCACAA